CGAGGCGGGGAGCCCGAGGUCCAGGGCGGGGCGCCGGGGAAUCCCAGCCGGAGCGAGCCCGGGAGGUGCGGGCGCGGGUGGGAAGAGGAGGGCGGCGCGCGUUGGGAGGUGAGCCGAGCGGAGCCGGGAGCCGAGGAGGCCCCGCCCCCGCCUCUCCGAGCCGGCUCCUCGCCGCCUCCGAAACCGCUCACUUUGCUUCUCGCCUCUGGACGGCGGCGGGGCGGUUGCCACAUCCGCGUUCGGAGGGAGCGCCGAGGACCUGGAGCCAUCCCGCGCCAGCUUCCCCUCUCGGCGCCCGCGCCCCUCCGGGGGGAACAGCGACCCCGCCUUGGAGAGGACACCCCGGCCUCUGCGGGGCGACCUCCCGGUCGCGAGGGGCGGCGGCUCUGAGCCUCGGUCGCCGCCAGCGGGGUGCAGAGCUGACGCCGGAGGGGACUCCCGGGACACCUGCAGGUACCGCGGCGCGGAGGGAGUGUCUCUAGGAGCGACGCUGGGCCGCCGGGGAGGCGAGAGCCCAGGGGUCCCCGGGUCGGCAUAGAGCAGAAGAGGAGCGCGAGGCAGAGCGGGCCAGACCGCGCGCGGGCCCCGACGGCGCGCUCCUGGGUCGGCCCGCGGCCGGCAGACCCUGCGCAGCGGCGAGGGGGCGGCGGCGGCGCCCUCGGGCCUCGGGGCUUCGGGGCGGCCAGCCAUGACCUUCGGGCGCAGCGGGGCGGCCUCCGUGGUGCUGAACGUGGGUGGCGCCCGGUACUCGCUGUCCCGGGAUUUGCUGAAGGACUUCCCGCUGCGCCGCGUGAGCCGGCUGCACGGCUGCCGCUCGGAGCGCGACGUGCUCGAGGUGUGCGACGACUACGACCGCGAGCGCAACGAGUACUUCUUCGACCGGCACUCGGAGGCCUUCGGCUUCAUCCUGCUCUACGUGCGCGGCCACGGCAAGCUGCGCUUCGCGCCGCGGAUGUGCGAACUCUCCUUCUACAACGAGAUGAUCUACUGGGGCCUGGAGGGCGCGCACCUCGAGUACUGCUGCCAGCGCCGCCUGGACGACCGCAUGUCCGACACCUACACCUUCUACUCCGCCGACGAGCCGGGCCGCGAGGAGCCGCGAGCCGGCGGCGCCGAGGCGGCCCCCUCCAGGCGCUGGCUGGAGCGCAUGCGGCUGACCUUCGAGGAGCCCACCUCGUCGCUGGCCGCCCAGAUCCUGGCCAGCGUGUCGGUGGUGUUCGUGAUCGUGUCCAUGGUGGUGCUGUGCGCCAGCACACUGCCCGAUUGGCGCGCCGCGGCGGCCGACAACCGCAGCCUGGAUGACCGGAGCAGGUACUCCGCCGUCCCUGGGAGGGAGCCCUCCGGGAUAAUUGAAGCUAUCUGCAUAGGUUGGUUCACGGCAGAGUGCAUCGUGAGGUUCAUCAUCUCCAAAAACAAGUGUGAGUUUGUCAAGAGACCCCUGAACAUCAUUGACUUACUGGCAAUCACGCCGUAUUACAUCUCCGUGUUGAUGACAGUAUUUACAGGCGAGAACUCUCAGCUCCAGAGGGCCGGGGUCACCUUGAGGGUGCUUAGAAUGAUGAGGAUUUUUUGGGUGAUUAAGCUUGCCCGUCACUUCAUUGGUCUUCAGACACUUGGUUUGACUCUCAAACGAUGCUACCGAGAGAUGGUUAUGCUACUUGUCUUCAUUUGUGUUGCCAUGGCAAUCUUCAGUGCACUUUCUCAGCUUCUUGAACAUGGGUUGGACCUGGAAGCAUCCAACAAGGACUUCGCCAGCAUCCCUGCUGCCUGCUGGUGGGUGAUUAUCUCUAUGACUACAGUUGGCUAUGGAGAUAUGUAUCCUAUCACAAUGCCUGGAAGAAUUCUUGGAGGAGUUUGUGUUGUCAGUGGAAUUGUUCUGUUGGCAUUGCCUAUCACUUUCAUCUACCAUAGCUUUGUGCAGUGUUAUCAUGAGCUCAAAUUUAGAUCAGCUAGAUAUAGUAGGAGCCUCUCCACGGAGUUCCUAAAUUAAUGCAUUGCAAAUCAAGUCUUGCAUACACCUUGUUUGUUAGAAAGACUUACUGCUACUUCAUAUUCAUGUGUUCCUUGCUCGGUGAGCACUGCAGUGUGGUACUGUCAUCAACUUGGUAGGGUAAGAAUUAUCCUUCCCAGCUGAAGGGAUAAAGCAAUUUACUUAUUAUGGAGUAAACAAGAUUGAGACUGCAAAGGAAAAGUAAUGAUUUCUAGAGUUAAUUUUAAUACCUUAUUUUAUUUAGACUUGUUUCCUCCUCCUUGCCUUGAACAAUGACACUUUUUUUUUGUUUUGAAGUAUAUUAUUUGAACAUUUUAAAAUGGAAAGCUACUAUUGUCCAAAUGUUUUUCUAUCUUAUGAAUUUAGAAGAGUCUUGGAAGUUAUGGUGUUUUUUGUUGGAGAGUAACAUUUUCGUUUCUAAAUGUUUUAUAAUCUCUCAUAUCAAUGUCAGAAGUAUCCUGGAAACAUAUGUCACAUGCAAGAACUGUUUAACAAAUACUUACAAAAUUUGGCUGAAUUUAAACUGUAUAACGGAGCUAGAUACAAGCAAGAAUAGUAUUUGGAAAACUUUUCCAGCAUUUCUCAAUUCUCGGAUUUAUUUUUGUUCCUAUUAUUCACUUUAUCAUGCAGCUUCAUGGAAGCUUGAGUAUGCCCUUACUUUUUCAUUCCGGGUUUCUUUUAUCUCUUUGCUGAAAGGGCUCAAACAAGUAAUUUAGAAUGAAGAGAGCUUGUAUUAUUUAGUAUUUUAUUGGAGUUUAUUGUAUUUUAAUUCAUUGCUAUUACUAGGUGAUAAUUGUCCUAACAUUCAGAUGUCCAAACAAGAUUUCCACAUAAGAAAUAAUAGAAGUGGUUUGAUAUUACAACCCAUAUUUUUCUUCUGCUGCUUUUUCCCCCACCUAAACAACAUGGGUUUAAGUCUUACCAGGUGAAAGGAUUUAUAUAUAUACCAAAGUCAUACUUAGAUGUUAUCACUGGAUUAACAUAAAAAGAGAAAUGAAAUAUUUUCUUACUCUUGGUUGCUGUGUAGCUAAGCCAUUUUAAGCCAGCUGAGAGCAAUGAAUACAUACUCACUUGAUCCGAUCUUCACCAUCAUAAAUUAUGACCACACCAAAGCUUCUUGCAAUAAUACUGAAUAAUAUGCCACAUUAAUUUGGCUAGAUUAUUAGGCCUAGAUGUAAAACUGAUGACUAUGUAGUGCUAAACUCUAGCAACGUGAAUUAAGAUUUUUGCUUUGUUAACCAGCUGCCAUGAAGAAGUCAGUGUAUAUACACAAAAAGUUAAAAGUCAUUGAUUAUUGAAUAACUUAAUGUUGUACACUGUAAUUUAGUC